CUGGACACAGAAGCCAGUGAUAUCCUCAAGGAGCUGCAGGUGAAGCUUAACAACGUCCCUGGAUGAUCUGAGCCGAGUGUUUGCCACCAGUUUCCAGCCCCACAUCGAGGAGUGUGUGAAGGCAGAUGGGUGACAUCCUGAGCCAGGUGAAGGGCACCGGCAACGUCCCCGCCAGCACCUGCAGCAGCGUGGCGCAGGACGCCGACAACGUCCUGCAGCCCAUCAUGGACCUGCUGGACAGCAACCUGACGCUCUUUGCCAAGAUCUGCGAGAAGACGGUGCUGAAGCGGGUGCUGAAGGAGCUCUGGAAGCUGGUGAUGAACACCAUGGAGAAGACCAUCGUGCUGCCCCCUCUCACAGACCAGACGGUGAGUGAUGGGCAGAGGGACCAGGGGCCCUGGGACACAGGUGACUGACUGGGGCAGUGUGGGACAUGGCUGGCCAGGUGCCCUCGUGGCAUAUGUGGUGAGGGUGGGGACUUCUCUGAUGUCCCCAAACCUGUGUCCAGCUCCUGGCCAGGGAAAGGAUGGAAGAGAGAA